AUGGAUCAGAGUCCCGGGAACUUGAAUAAAAAUGGCAGAGCACUAGACGUGCUCGAAAAGCAUCUCUCCCAGCAAAACAAACGCCCAAAAACCAAUAAUUAUGGCGCGUUAUCUUCCAUGUGGAAGACGAUAUCAGAAUCUUCAAGGGUCGCAACUUCUCCCCAAAAGAUACAAAGGCAAUCCAGAACUACUUCUCCAUCCAGAAGACUCGAAAACGCGGUGUCUUUAAGCCCCACAGCACCUUUGGAGCCCAAACAAACUAAAAAAAUGCGAUCCUCACCGCUGAGAAAAUGUGUCGCGUUUUCUGACAACAUCGAGUCAUCUCCACCUCCUGAAGCUGUAAAUUCCAGUCCGCGCAUAUCUUCUCAGACCCGUCCAUCUAAAUCCAUCCUCAAAAUAACCGAUUCACCUGUCAAAAAAGUUAGUCCCCGUCGUAAUAGAAUAAGGCACGGACGACCUGCUAGUGAGCACUUGGAGCUAGGCAACAGCGAAAGCGGAAGGUGUGGUCCGCUGAAUAUCGAAUUUUGGGUAUGUGGCGAGGUUCACAGUCUUCAGGAUACCAAUAGCGUAUCCGAAUUUAAGGGUCUACUAACUGGAGGCCUUUAUUUCAUGUCUAGUACAAUGCCGGCCGCUCAUAGUCGGCUCUUCGAGCUCUACGCCACUUUAAACAACAUCAUGCCAGUUUACGUAUAUCACACGCAUUCUGAAGUCAAAGAUAAGAAAAUUUCGAUUGUGAUCAACAACAUCGAUCUUAUUUUAUCAACGUGCACGCCUCAUUUGAUAGAGCAUCAGUCGGCCCUUCUCAAAACUCAGAAGAAAGAUCCGUUUGUAUCCAGAACCUAUGUGCAAAUCAUCCGUUUUCUAAGCUUCAUUUUCUCGAAUUUCAGAAUAGUAAAGGCCUGCGAAAAUAAUCCACGUUUCCAGUCCUCUUUUCAGAGGGUUGUUGAGUGCUGCAUCGUCACAAUGGGUCACUUGUACUCGAAUAAAGUCAUGAUCACAGCUCAACUCGCAUUUCUCCGUGACGAGCAAGCUGGCUUGCUCGAUAAAUGUGCUUUGGAUGUAUCUUCGAUAAUCGAGGCUUUAACUAAAAUGAAAAAGAUAGAAAGCUCAAACCUAAUAUGCGAAAAGCUUCUUUUACUGAAACAGUUUGUUACGAGGUACACAAAUGUUAUGUUUGAGACAGUUGACAUAUGGCUUCCCGCAGAGGUUCUUCCACGACUACUCCCCAAUCAGCAAUUUUAUUCCUCGAAAAUUGCAAGCAUAUGUGUAUCAAUUCUUCUCGAUGUUCUUAAGAAGUCUUUGACAGACUGCACAAAUCUCAGAGUACAUGCAGCACUCAAGAAGCCUAUCCAAUCUUUGGAAAUUCCUCUAGAUCUCGAGUAUGAAGACUCUCGGAAGAGUAGCUCAAUGGACUCAAAUUCGACUGUUUCUCAACUGCUGUUGAAAAGUGUCGAACAUUUUCUUACCGAAAAAGCAGAACAUAAAUUGGCAUUUGAUCUUUGGCUCUCGGUGGUCGGACUUCUUUUCAAUUCAAGUUCCGGACUGGAUAAGCUAUGCUCGGAUCCUAUCAACGAGUGGUUACUGCUCAAUCUGAAAUAUCAAAACGCAGGCGUCGAGAGUGUUUCAGGUUCGGCACUACGCGCCUGGAGAAUAGUGACGUACGUGGUAUGCACGAAGAGUGUGCCUUCUACAAAAAAUGUCCGUCAGAUCGAAAUCCUACUAAUGCCAUUCAGUUCGGCUCGACUGGGCAACAGAACCGAUGAAAAUGAUUUUCUUUUUGUCCUGCGAGGAAUUCUUUAUCUAGCCUUGUGCGAUCACAGGCCUGACGUCUUUGCUCACAAUUUUAGAAAUAUUGUAAAACCAAUACUUCUGAGAGAACCAGGGUCUCAUCUUUCGAAAAUCAGUUCUUAUGUCUUAUUCAUGCUGAACCUUCUAUGCCAGCCCACAAGAAUCGAGAAGGCCAAUCAAAAAGACUUCAAUCCGCUAAAAGUCAUUGCAUCCACUGGGGUUGAGAGAGAAGACUUUCUUCAGUUUUCUUCUCAAACAUAUGAUUUUCAUUGGCAGAUGCUUUUCAAGACAGCGCUCAGAUUACAAGCAUUGGCGGAUGCUAGUGAUGUCGAGAGUUCAUUUCAAUUACUUGCUGUAUUGGUCAGAAACACGCCAAAGUCAUUUAUUUGCAAAGAAGUGAUAGAUCUAUGUCUCAACUCAUUAUCAGAUGCAUUGGAAUGCUCCCAUGUAGAUGUCCGGAGUUGCAUUGUUCAGGCUUUGAGUUACAGCAUGAUAGCAUUUAAAGGCAGCUUGUGGACAACAUUCGAAAGUAGUCUUCGUCUCAAAAAGAUCAUUGCGUCCCUGGUACAGGAUAGUAAUUCAAGUUUUUUGGAGAUUCUAAAAGCCGUUGUGGAGUUGACGGCAGGACUAGUGCCAGAUCUGGAAAUCUACGAUUAUUUUUUGAGUUACGAUGACAGGUCUGUCACAUCUUACAUUUCAAACUCUGUCUGUUCCAAAAUUCGCUCUUCUGAGAUGUCGAACAGUACAUUUGCCGCGCUACUAAAUAUUGCGGAGAAUAUCUCUAGUGAAGAGUUGGCGGAAAGCGUAUUGGGCAUCUGCAAUAAAGUAAGGCGAGACUUGGGUCGCGAAGAACAUCAAAUUAUGAUAGCUUGUGAUUUGCCUACUCUAUCCAAGUACUUACGACUUCGUCUCAGCUUGCAAACAAGCACAGUCGAUCCAACUUUUGUGAAAGAGUUCGUGGUAGUUUUGAAAACUCACAAUCAAUUGAGGUUUGAACUCCACAGAAUACUUGACCAUAAACAUUAUACCAGCUUGGUAUUGCAAGCAAUGAUAAUUGAAAGUUGCGAAAACAAGGCGGGUGGUCGCCUAGAUGCGUGGACACCUGUAUUCAAAAGCUAUCCCUUUAAGGAGUUGGCUGGUGCGUUAAGACAUUUCGAUGAACUAAGUUUUGAUUUGAAAUUGUGCUUCAUUUUGCGCGCUUUGGAAAGAGAUGUAGUUCAAGACAUGAGUCUCUCUUCUCAAUUUGGGGAAAAGUAUUUGAGUUUGUCUUUCGAUCAGCAAACUCGAUCGCCUGAAGUACAAGCACUUGAAUAUCAGGUUCUGAAGAAAUGCUAUGAUACCCAAAACUUCUUGCUUUUAAAUGAAGGCAUUAAAAAGCUGAUGAUAUCAGGCUCGAUUCUUCCUGUUACCCAAUUCUGGAACGACAGCCCCGGAAAGGACACGAGGGUUAUAGAUGCCGAGGCGCUAGUCCUCAUCAUCAGUGGUAUUGGAAACGAGAUCCAUUUAGACUAUUCCAUUUUCAAGGAUCGUUUGAACGAUGGUUCUUGUGAAUUUGCUUUAGAUGUUAUCGAAGCAGCUUUGAGACACCAAAAACACCAGGUUUUGAUCGAACUCAAAGAAGAUUUUGCAGCGUUUUUGCUCAAUUGCUCCCGAGAACUCAAAAACAACGAAUUACGAGCUAAAGAGGCUCUCAGAAAGGCGUCCACAUUGCUUCUUGUCCCAGACAACAAGGCUUUAGAACCUGCCUUGCAAAAGCUUCUUCUAUCCUUACCUGCAAGGAAAGGGUCAUUGGCGUACGAGCAACUGGCCACUGUCUGCUCCAAUUUCCAUCAUAAAAUAAGUGGGCUAGAGAAAAUCCGGGAACUCAUAAAUGCUGGCGCCCCCGACCUUACUCUAAACAUCGGUGGAAAAUUAGCCCCAAUAUCAAAGGGCCCACGAAUAUACCACUUCAAGGCUGUGCCCAAAAAAUCUCCUAGUCCUGAGCCCGUAAAAGCUUUGAACAGGAACCAUGUUAAAAACGGAGAGCAUUCCGGGGCUCAUGCCAGGCCUAUAAACUUAAACGGCUUCGAUAAAAAAAUAGGUGACGGUUCCUUCCACCAUGGUUUUGAUUCAAGUGUGCCAAACAUGAAAGCGCAGCUGGCACACUCAAAUUCCAAAUCUGCGAGGCCCACAGAUUCCACCAAAAGCGGUUCUUUUCCCGAAAAAACAAAAGCAGAAAACAAAAAUCUAAAUCUCUCUUCAAGUCCACACUUGGUCAAUAAAACAGAAGUCUUUUCGGCUGUUGAGAAUUCGAAGUUUUACGAAAACAGUUUCAACGAAAUCAAAGCUAGCAUGAAGGAGGAACUCGAAUGUUCGGUUGAAAACACGGGCGCUUCAAGUACUUCAAAAAGUGAUUCAAAAGUCCCUAAACAGGGUUCUAAAAAAGUGCUCGAUGAUGACGUCGUCGAUAAUUUAAGCAAGAUGAAACAUCGGGGUGCUUUCAAGUUACCGAUCGUCAAAUUGGGUGCUCUCAAAGAAAUCAAAUCAUGGCCCAAAGCGUCAGUAAAAAAUCCCCCAGAGUCCUCGACUUCCCGGAGAGAAAGGGCUGCCGCAUCAGAUAGUACUUUGAGCGCGGUUUCGAUCGCCCGUGAAGCGGCCGAUAAUGAGAUAGACAAAUUCGCCUUUUCAAAUGGCGUGUCACCUCAAGAUAAGCAUACAAAGAUUAUACUUCAAAUUGUCAAACAGUUCGGAAAGGAAGAAUUCAGUCAGUUGACUCAAACGCAGAAAUUGUUUCUAAAAGAUGCAAUGGUGAAGUUUAUUGCCAAUCAAGGUUCUGGUUCUUCGAACGAGUCGAAGGACAAGUAG